AUCUCCUUCACCUCCAUCAAAGUUGCCACAGCUCCUCUAAUGAGGCUCCUUUGGUUUAAAUAAUAAUAAUAAUGAGAGACUCUGGAGAUGGAGAUGAUGAAUUCCAGUUUCUACGGACGGGAGAUGAGGUGGUUUUGCAGAGUACCUUAACAUCCCAGGAGGAACAUGUGAAGCUCUGUCUUGCUGCAGAGGGAUUUGGCAGCAGACUGUGCAGGCUGGAGUCCACGUCAAACUGCAAGAAUGUACCGCCAGAUUUGUCUGUAUGUGGCUUUGUCCUUGCCCAGUGUCUCUCUGUCCGAGCCCUGCAGGAGAUGCUGGCACACAGCCAGCACCUGGCUGCAGAGAUUGAAGCUGGAGGAAGCCAUCGUACCCUUCUUUAUGGCCAGGCAGUGUUAUUCCAACAUUCGUACAGUGGCAUGUAUCUAUGCUGCUUGACUGCAUCUCAGUCUUCAACAGACAAACUUGCUUUUGAUGUUGGGCUGCAAGAGGAUAUAGCAGGUGAGACAUGUUGGUGGACUGUACACCCAGCAUCCCGACAGAGGUCAGAGGGUGAGAAGGUGCGUGUUGGAGAUGACCUUAUACUGGUCAAUGUGUCCUCAGAAAGGUAUCUGCACAUGUCCUUUGGUACUGUAUUUGACAACAGAAGCUUGAGUGACAGCCUGAUUGUGAAUGCAGCCUUCCAGCAGACUCUCUGGAGUGUUGCUCCCAUCUGCUCUGGGGGUGGAGUCGCUCAAGGAUACCUGAAGGGGGGCGACACAUUACGGCUGCUCCACAGCCACAGUGACGCAUGCCUGACAGUUCCCUCCUCAGAGCAGGGGGAGGAGCUGCAGAGGAUGAUGCAUUAUGAAACUGGAUCCGUCUCCAGCCAUGCCCACUCUCUAUGGAGGCUCGAGAUUCUCCGUGUUGUUUGGAGUGGUAGGCAUACAUGCUGGGGGCAGCCUUUCAGACUGUGCCAUGUUACUACUGGGCGGUACCUGGGUCUAACGGAGGAGAAAGGCCUGCAGCUCAUCGAUCGGGACAAAGCGGACAUCGACACAACCUCCUUCUGUUUCCGUUCCUCGAAGGAGAAGACUGACUCUGGCAUGAAGACUGGUGCUGAUGGCAUGGGGAUCCCAGAGAUCAAGUAUGGAGAUUCCAUGUGUUAUGUCCAGCAUGUUGACUCUGGGCUGUGGCUCACCUACCAAUCCACUGACGCCAAGUCUUCACACAUGAGAUUAACUCAGCGAAAGGCCAUUUUGCACAGUGAGGGUCAUAUGGACGAUGGGCUGACACUGUCUCGUUCUCAGAGGGAAGAAUCUCACACUGCCAGACUCAUUCGGAGUGCUAUUCUCCUUUUUACUCGCUUCAUCAGGAAACUAGAUGGAUGUAGCCAUCAUGGAACCCUACCUCAUGUCACCCUGUCGAUGGAGACUGUGAUGUGCAGUCUGCAGGAUCUAAUAAAAUAUUUCCAGCCUCCACUGGACGAGCUGGGCCAUGAAGCUAAACAGAACAUCAUGACAGCUGUAAAGAGUCGCCAAAACCUGUUUCAAGAAGAGGGUGUGAUAGUUUUGGUCCUCGACUGUAUUGAUCGCUUGCACCAGUACAGUAGUUCUUCUCACUUUGCUGAAGCUGUUCAGUGUGAGAAGGGAGAAGAGUGGGAGACGAUCCUCAGCCGUUUCUAUGAGCUACUGGCUGCUUUGAUCCGGGGGAACCGUGUGAACUGUGCACAUUUCUCUGGUUCUCUGGACUGGCUGAUCAGCAGACUAGACCGAAUAGAGGCCUCUUCUGGAGCCUUGGAGGUUCUGCACUGUAUCCUUGUGGAAAGUCCUGAAGCGCUCAAUGUCAUCAAAGAAGGACACAUUAAUUCGAUCAUCUCAUUUCUUGACCAGCAUGGAUGCAAUUAUAAGGUACUAGAGGUGCUGUGCUCUCUGUGUGUGUGCAAUGGUGUGGCAGUGCGGUCCAAUCAGAACCACAUCUGCGACAACCUGCUAUCAGACAGAGACUUGCUGCUCCAAACACGUCUGGUUAAUCAGGUCACCAGUGUGAGACCAAAUAUCUUCCUGGCUAUGGGGGAUGAUUCAGCUCAGCCUCGGAGGUGGUACUAUGAGCUGGUUGUAGAUCACGUUGACCCCUUCCUCACACCUGAGCCCACUCACCUGCGUGUUGGUUGGGCUUGCACUGAGGGCUUCUACCCCAGACCCACAGGAGGAGACGGCUGGGGGGGAAACGGGGUGGGAGACGACCUCUGCUCCUAUGGCUUUGAUGGGCUUCACCUCUGGUCUGGCUGUGUGGGCCGCAGAGUGAACUCUCCCUCGCCCCACCUGCUGAAAAAGGACGAUGUGGUCAGCUGCUGUCUUGACCUCACAACUCCCUGCAUCUCCUACCGGGUCAAUGGUCUACCUGUGCAGGGCAUGCUGGAGAACUUCAGUGCUUAUGGUCUUCUUCAUCCUGUGGUCAGCUUCUCAGCUGGAGUCAAAUUUCGGUUUCUAUUUGGGGGAAGACAUGGUGAGUUUCGCUUCUUACCACCACCUAGUUUUGCUCCAUGCACAGAGGCACUGCUCCCUAGAGUCAAGCUGAAGGUACAGCCAUGUUGGAAACACAUCUUGGAUUAUAGAGAGGGGAUUAAAGUGCUCAUCGGCCCCUCAGUACCUGUCACUCCAGUUACCUUCACUCCAACGCCAGUGGACAUCAGUAAGAUAGAUCUGCCCUUACAACUUGAGGACAUACGAGAAAAAAUGGCUGAGAAUAUCCAUGAACUGUGGGUGAUGGACAAGAUGGAUCUUGGAUGGACACAUGGAACUGUUAGAGAUGAGAGUAAAAGACAUGACCCUUGUAUUGUGGAGUUCUCCAAGCUGCCGGAGCAGGAGAGGAACCACAACCUUCAGGUAGCCCAGGACACACUCAGGACUCUCACUGCUCUUGGAUUCCACAUUGGUUUGACUGAUGACAAUGCUGUGGAGAGAGUCAAAUACAUGAGACUAGCCACCAAGUAUGAGCAGCCCGGUGGCUACAGACCUGCCCCAGUGGACUUGAGCCAGGUUACUCUGAGCUUGUCUCAUGAGGACAUGGUUAACAUGCUGGCAGAGAAUGAUCACAAUGUGUGGGCCAGAGAGCGUAUCAAACAGGGAUGGACAUAUGGACCCCAGCAGGAUGUGAAAGCCAAGCGGAGUCCUUACCUCGUGCCAUACAGCCUUCUUGAUGAAAGGAGUAAGAGAGUGGGUAGGGAGAGUGUUAGAGAGGCCGUCUGUACCCUGCUGGCCUACGGUUACAGCCUGGAACCCCUCAACCAGGAACAGAUCACAUCAUCAAAUGCACGUCUAUUCUCUGCUGAGAAAUACACAGUGUUCCGACCAGAUAAAUCCUACGCUGUGACCCAGGGGAAGUGGUAUUUUGAAUUUGAGGUACUGACAGCAGGGAAGAUGAGAGUGGGCUGGGCCAGACCAGGCUGUUGUCCAGAUAAAGAACUCGGCUCAGAUGACCAGGCAUAUGUCUUUGAUGGAUCUGAGGCUCAGUGGUACCACCAGGGCGGCGAACUGUUAGGCCGUCCAUGGCAGAGAGGAGAUGUGGUGGGAUGUUUGGUGGACAUGGAUGAGUGCACCAUGGUGGUCACGUUGAAUGGAGAAGUGCUGUUCAAUGACAGAGGAUCAGAGCUGGCUGCAAAGGACUUUGAUAUCAGAGACGGUGUCUUGCCAGUGGUGAGUGUUGCAGUUAACCAGGUGGGGAGGCUGAACCUGGGUCGCCACAUGGACUCACUGCAGUACUUUGCUGUGUGCGGUCAGCAGGAGGGCUUUAAGCCAUUUGCUGUCAACAUGGCCAGAGAUCCAUCUCUGUGGAUGAGUUGGGGAAGACCUCACUUUACUCCCAUACUACCCGAUGAUCACAAUUUUAAGGUCACUAAAACCAGUGGUUCAGUGGAGUCUGUAUCCAGCCUGAGGGUUUCUCAGCAGUUGUUUGCACACUGUGGUGGAGGCAGUGAGAUGGGCUUUUACCGGCUCAGCAUGUCUCUUGGCUGUGCUGCUGUCCUCACAAGCCCUGCAGCGAAUGUGCUUCCAGUAGCAGCCAACAGCCCCGCUCCAAGUUCACAUGGAAGGAAAGAGCAGGAGGAAGUGGACUCUGACUUUGAAGUGCUGAUGAAGUCGGCUCACAGCUUUGCUGGCUCAAGAGACGAGCUCAACCAUAAGGAUCAUAGCCAAGACAAAACAUCCAGAUUGAAACAGCGGUUCUUGCUGAAGAGGACUAAACCAGGCCUCGUCAGCAGCAACUCAUCUGCACGGCUUCUAGAAGAUGUUGUAGUUGACAAAGAGAUCUGUGACCACCUCAUCCAGAGCUCUAGAUAUUACUACUCAGUGAGAGUUCUCCCAGGACAGGAGCCAUUUAAUGUGUGGGUGGGCUGGGUGACCUCUGACUUUCAUCAAUAUGACAUGACAUUUGACACAGACUAUGUCAACACUGUGACUGUCACCCUGGGAGAUGACGGUGGCAAAGUCCAGGAAAGCGUGAAGCGGUGCAGCUGUUACAUGGUAUGUGCUGGAGAAGCAACAGGUUUGUCUCAGAGCCGAAGAAGUGCAGGUUUAGAAAUUGGCUGUUUGAUCGACACGGCCACUGGUCUGCUCUUCUUCACCUCCAGUGGAGUGGAGAUGGCCACCUUCUAUCAAGUGGAAGCCAGCACAAAACUGUUUCCUGCCGUUUUUGUCAAGCCAACCACGAGCAGCAUGUUUCAAUUUCAACUGGGAUGCAUUAAGAAUGUGAUGCCGCUGUCAACAGGAUUGCUUCGCAGCCAAAGCAGAAAUGCCACUCCUCAGUGUCCUCCAAGGAUUCAGGUUCAGCAUCUAACCCCGGUUUCAUGGACAAGAGUACCAGACUGUGCAUUACAGGUGUUAGUAGAUCGACCAGAUGAACAUCAUGGCUGGAGUGUCCAGUGCUCUGAGCCCCUGCAAGUCAUGACCCUUCACAUCCCUGAUGAAAACAGGUGUGUCGACAUUUUGGAGUUGUCUGAACUCGAUGACCUCUUGAAAUUUCAUCACCACACACUCCUCCUCUACUGCUCUUUGUGCACCCUUGGGAACACCAGAGUUUGUCACUCCCUCUGCAGUUAUGUGGACCAGUCCCAGAUCCUUCAUGCCAUUCAGAAUCCCAACCUCCCUGGCCCAAUUCGAUCUGCAUUUUACCAGCUCCUUACUGAGGUUUACCUCAGCAGCCACACCUCAGCCUGUCUAAUGAUGAACCAUGAAUACAUUGUGCCUAUGACAGACCAGACCCGACAGGUCACCCUUUAUCCCAGCCCUGCUAAUGGUGGUCAACUUCCUGCUUGCAUUCCCAGCACUAGUCUUAGCACAUCUCUUAAACCACAAAUGCACUUCUCAACCCCAUGUUUUGUGACAAGUGAUGGGAUAGAAGCAGGCGAUGCAGUUAAAAUAGUCUACAAAGACAGCCCAGAAAUCCCCUUGGACAUACUAAAGUGUCUGACCAUGGAGAUGCUGAUUGAAGGAGUAUGGGCUGUGGAUCAGGGUGUGAGGGAUCCUGUAGGAGGCAGCAUUGAGCUUCUGCUUGUUCCCUUAAUUAAACUGUUCUAUACUCUGCUGGUAAUGGGUGUAUUUGGUAAUAAAGAUCUCGGCAUAGUUUUGAGUCUGAUAGAGCCUGGAGUUUUCUCCAUAGAUGCUAAAACCCCUGAGGAGGAAGAGGAAGAAGAAGCAAUUUAUGCUAAUGAAAUAGGAUGGAAAAACAGCAACAAGACAGAAUAUGACACUCCUUCACAAGGACUCCUUCAGAUGAAGCUUCCAGAAGCUGUCAAACUUGAGCUCUGCCAUUUGUUGUCCUAUCUGUGUGAUAGCCAAGUGCGCCACAGGGUGGAGGCUGUGGUUGCCUUCUCUGACACUUUGGUGGGGCAGCUGCAGGAGAACCAACGUUAUCGCUACAACCAAGUCAUGCAGGCACUCAACAUGUCUGCUGCCUUAACUGCACGGAAAACCAAGGAGUUCCGCUCCCCUCCACAGGAACAGAUCAACAUGCUGCUGAACUUCAGAGAGGAUGAGCAGCAGGAGCAUUGUCCAUGUCCAGUGAAAAUCCAGCAGCUGCUCCGAGACUUUCAUCACCUCCUGAGCACACACUGUGGCAUUGAAUUGGACAGUGAGUCAGAGGAUGAGGAGGAUGCUGAGAUGCCAGUAAAAGAUUGGCUGCUCAGUCUAGUGGUGAGAGCCUUUGAAGUGAGGAAGUCUUCCACACAGGUAGAGGAGAGUAGACCGCGGAGUGCGAAGUCCCUCAAAAAGCUGAUUUCUGAAACAAUGGUGCGCUGGACUGAAGAGUGUGAGAUAGAGGACCCUGAACUUGUUAGAGCGGUCUUCUCAUUGCUUCACCGCCAGUGUCAGGGCCUUGGGGGUCAGAUGGAAGGACCACUCUGCAGAGCCUAUACAAUCAGCCAGGCUUCUGUGGAAGACACGAUGAUGCUACUGUCCUCCCUGGCUCAAAUCCGCUCUCUCCUUAGUGUCCGCAUGGGGAAAGAGGAGGAGAAACUGACGAUCAGGAGGCUUGGAGACAUCAUGAAUAAUAAAGUUUUCUACCAACACCCCAACCUAAUGAGGGUAUUGGGGAUGCAUGAGACCGUGAUGGAGGUGAUGGUUAAUGUUCUCGGAGAAGGGGAAUCGAAGGAGAUUACAUUUCCCAAGAUGGUGGCCAGCUGUUGUCGAUUCCUUUGUUACUUUUGUCGCAUCAGCCGUCACAAUCAGGGAGCACUGUUUGACCAUCUCAGCUACCUUUUGGAAAACAGCAGUGUUGGACUGGCUUCACCGUCCAUGCGUGGAGCCACUCCUCUAGAUGUGGCAGCAGCCUCUGUGAUGGAUAAUAAUGAACUGGCCCUAGCACUAAAGGAACCUGACCUAGAGAAGGUCGUACAGUAUCUGGCUGGCUGUGGUCUACAGAGCUGCCCGUUGCUACUGGAGAAAGGCUACCCCGAUAUUGGAUGGAACCCGGUGGAGGGCGAGCGCUACUUGGAUUACCUACGUUUUGCUGUUUUCUGCAAUGGUGAGAGUGUGGAGGAAAAUGCCUAUGUGGUGUUGAGAUUGCUGAUUCGUCGGCCUGAGUGUUUUGGCCCUGCUCUGCGAGGUGAUGGCGGGAACGGCCUUCUAGCUGCCAUGGAGGAGGCCAUCAAGAUCUCUGAGGACCUGUCUAUGGACGGACCCUGCACACAAGAUAUUGUUCAGGACCACGAUGAUGACGACCUUGUUCACAUGGGACAUGCCAUCAUGAGCUUCUACUCAGCCCUUAUUGACUUGCUGGGGCGCUGUGCUCCAGAGAUGCAUUUAAUUCAAGGAGGCAAAGGAGAAGCCAUCCGCAUCCGCGCCAUUCUCCGGUCACUCGUCCCCAUUCAGGAGCUUGAGGGAGUCAUCAGUAUCUCCUUUCAAGUCCCUUCAGUGUCAAAAGAUGGUGUGGUGGUUGAGUCUGAGCUGUCUACAGUUUUCUGCCCAGACCACAAAGCAGCUAUGGUUCUGUUCCUUGACCGGGUUUAUGGCAUCGAGAACAGGCACUUUUUCCUCCGGCUGCUAGAAGUUGGUUUUCUGCCUGACCUUCAGGCUGCCGUCUCACUUGACACUGUGGAUUUGGGAUCCACUGACAUGGCUCUGGCUCUCAACAGAUACUUGUGUACAUCUGUGCUCCCCCUGCUCAUCAAAUGUUCAUCUCUCUUCUGUGGUUUGGACGACCAUACCUUGUUGGUGGAUUCUUUCAUUCAGGCAGUCUACAGCCUCUCCAGAGGUCUCAGUUUGACCAAGGCUCAGAGAGACAUUAUAGAGGAGUGUUUGUUGGCUGUGUGCAGUAAACUGCAACCAUCCAUGAUGCAGUCUCUUCUACGUCGCCUUGUCCUUGAUGUUCCUCAUCUCACAGACCACAGCAAGAUACCUCUAAGGCUCUUGACCAGUCACUAUGAGGAGAGGUGGAAGUACUUGAAAACCGGUGGGCAGGGUGACCAGAAUUCAGCCUCUGAAGUGGAGCUGCACCUGUCCACUACAUUGUUCUGGGGAGUGUUAAAGGCUUUGGCAAAAAGGCCCUAUGAGCCUCAGUUAUUCAAGCUUUGUAUCCGGUGUCUGGCUGCAGUGGCCAAGGCCCUUCCUCCUGACCACAUGGACUCCGUGUCUCCAACUGAGAGAAAAUCUUUCAUGGACACAGAUGGACACUUUGACCCCCAGCCUGUCGAUACCUCCAACAUAUCGGUACCAGAGAGACUGGAGUUUGUAGUGAACAAGUAUGCAGAGCAUACUCAUGAGAAGUGGUCACUGGACAAGUUUGCAAACGGCUGGGUUCACGGGGAACAGCUCUGCGAGAACAGCAAGGUUCACCCUCUCCUGAAGCCUUACAGGGCUCUGGCUGAGAAGGAGAAGGAAGCAUACCGGUGGGCUAUUAAAGAGACAAUAAAGAGCAUGCUGGCCUUUGGAUGGAAUAUAGAGAGGACUAAAGAAGGAGAUGCGUCUGGCGCACAUACCUGUAGGCGGAGAAUCUCUCAGUCUGGACAGUUGUCUUUUGAAGGAGCAUCAACAUUCAGCCCUAAACCAAUGGACAUGAGCAGCAUCACCUUAUCAUGGGAGCAGUGUGCUAUGGCUGAACAUUUAGCUGAAAACUAUCACAAUGCCUGGGCUAAGAGGAAGAAAUCCGAACUUGAAAGUAAAGUGGGUGGCCAUUCAAUGCUUGUACCUUAUGACACACUGACUGCAAAGGAGAAGACCAAAUUCAGAGAAAAAGCCCAGGACAUCCUUAAGUUUCUUCAGCUCAAUGGCUACACUGUGUGGAGGGAUCGGAAGACUGUGGACAUGGACUUUCCAGCCACAGCCAACUGCUUCAGCUACACCCUCCUUCAGAAGCUGCUGCGUCACACUGAGGAGAUUCAAGAGCAUAUGUUGGAGCUGGAGGUGAUGCAAGCCAGAGGACAGAUGUCUAAAGGGGAGAAAGGCCCACACCAGCAACAAAUACAUUUCUUUUCCAAGGUCAUCCUUCCUCUUCUGGAAGAAUUUGUGAAAAGCCACCAAAUGUAUUUCCUGUCCACUUCUCUGUGCUCGAGUGGAAACAGAGCCUAUGCCACAAAAAAAGAAAAGGAGAUGAUUGCUUGCUUCUUUUGCAAACUUGCUGCCUUAGUGAGACACAGAGUCUCACUCUUUGGAAAUGACGCUUCAUCAGUUGCAAGCUGCCUCCACGUUUUGGCUCAAGCUCUGGAUGCCAGGAUGUUGAUGCAGUUCGCUUCAGAUUCUAUCCAAGCAUCUCUGCACUCAUUCUUUGAGGCAGCAGCAGCUGAUCUGGAGAUGACCGUGGAAAACCUGUCUGUCACGUUGGUCUCUGUGCCUCAGGGCAGGAGUCAACAAGCUAGAGGAGUAGCCAAGGUUCUUAGCUACACGACCUCCAUACUUCUUCCCACUCUUACUUCCCUCUUUCAGCAUCUUGGCAACCAGAACUAUGGAGUAGAUAUCCUGGUGGGUGGCAUCCAGGUGUCCUGUUACAGAAUCAUCAACAGCCUCUACUCACUUGGCAACAGUAGCAACGUCUACAUGGAGGGGCAAAAGCCAGCAGCAGGUGCGUGUCUGGCAGCCCUGACUGGUGCUUUUCCUCUUUGUUACCUGGAGCCAGCCCUCAAUCAAAACAACCCUUAUUCCAUUUACAACACCCAGAGUGUUACUGAGAGAGAGGACCUGGGGCUACCAGAUGAGGUGGUGGAUGCGUGUCCUCUGCUGCCUUCUCUAGAACAGGCCCUGAGUGAAGUGGAGAAGUUGGCAGGUGCUGGAGCUGGAGCUCGCCAGUCCCACUAUAUCCAUGUCACUGAGGUCACCUUGCCCAUGCUGUGCAGCUAUAUGUCCUGUUGGUGGCCCUGGGGCCCAGAGGGCCAGCCGGGCCUCCCAAUCUGCUCCUCCAUCACUCCUAAGCAUGUCAGUGACCUACUUGGCCACAUCCUUCGCAUCAUCCACAACCAUGUGGGCACUAGCCAGGGUGACUGGAUGAAGCAGCUGGCAGUAUUUUCUCAGCCAAUUAUAUUUAAAGCUUGCCCUGAGCUGCUAAAGAGCCAUUUCUUGCCAUUGAUGGAGAAGUUGAGGAAGAAAGCGGAGUGUGUGCUACUUGAGGAGGAGAAGAUGAAAUCGGAGGGUUGGUGUGCCUCAGAGGCGGAGCUGAAGAUACAGGAGAAGUUCACUGUGCUGGUGCGAGACCUCUAUGCCUUCUAUCCCCUUCUCAUUCCAUUCGUGGAUUCUUAUCGAGCCAGCUGGUUGAAAGUGUCAAACCCUGAGGCUGAGCAGCUGUUCAGCAUGGUGGCAGAGGUCUUUAUAUUCUGGGCCAAAUCUCAUAAUUUCAAAUGGGAGGAACAAAACUAUGUGGUACAGAAUGAAAUUAACAACUUGGCCUUCUUGGUCAAUAAUGACAAAAUGUCCAAGUACAACCAUGAGAAGAGUAUGAAAAGAAAGGGGGACCGAUAUUCCUUGCAAUCCUCUCUUAUUGUGGCUUCCAUGAAGAGACUGCUUCCCGUUGGCCUUAGGAUUUUUUUUCCAAAUGAGCAGAACCUUAUCAUGUCGGCAAAGAACAGCUUCACUCAGAACAAGACCGAAGAUGAGGUUCGUGAGCAAGUUUUCCAUGGACUUCUUCAGAGUCAGGUAUCAAACAGCUUGGAGCAGGAACAAAUGAGCCAGUCAGCUGCCAUCACUGACUCCCAAAGGAUUGUAGACAGGAUUGUGGGAUUAGCUCGUGUUCUUUAUUACCUGGACCAGGUGGAACACCCACAGAGAAGUAAAAAACCAUUGUUGCACAAAGUCCUGUCUAAACGGAGGAAACGAGCAGUUGUGGCCUGCCUAAGGAUGGCUCCUCUCUACAACCUUCCCAGGCACAGAGCUGUCAACCUGUUCCUCCAAGGCUACAACAAAUCCUGGAUAUCAGCUGAGGACCACAGCUUCGAGGAGAAGCUUGUGGAGGAUUUAGCUAGAGGACGAGGAGUGAUGGAGCUGUGUGGAGGCAACAGAGGAGAAGAAAAGGAGGUGAAAGAAUGUGCCAAACCAAUCGAUCCCCUUCUACAACUCAUUACACUCUUCAGUCGAAGCGCCCUUACAGAAAGCAGUAACCUUGGAAAUGACGCUCUGUAUAUAUCCUACGCUGCUAUAAUGGCCAAGAGUUGCCAUAGAACGGAUGAUAACUACGAGAAACAGGAGGUGGAAAGCUUUGAAGUGAAAGAAAUGGAGAAGCAGAAGUUGCUGUACCAGCAGGCCAGGUUGCAUCUUCGUGGAGCUUCUGAGAUGGUCCUUCAAACUAUCAGUGCCAGCAAAGGAGCCAUGGGCGCCACGAUUGCUCCUACACUGAAGCUGGGCAUUGCUCUUCUCAAUGGAGGAAAUCCCACAGUUCAACAGAAAAUGCUGGAUUAUCUUGGACAGAAGAGAGACGUUGGCUUUUUUCAGAGCAUGGCAGGACUCAUGCGGUCAUGUAGUGUUCUGGAUUUAAAUGCAUUUGAGAGGCAGAACAAAGCAGAAGGAUUAGGCAUGGCCAUGGACGAGCACUCAGGAGACAAGGUGAUGCCUGACAAAGAGAUAACCUGUGACCUAUUUCGCUUUCUACAGCUGCUCUGCGAAGGACACAACUCAGAUUUCCAGAAUUACUUGAGAACACAAUCUGGCAACAACACCACUGUGAACAUCAUUAUUUCGACUGUGGACUAUUUACUGAGAGUGCAGGAAUCUAUCAGUGACUUCUACUGGUACUACUCGGGCAAAGAUGUGAUUGAUGAACAUGGCCAGCACAACUUCUCCAAGGCCAUUGAAGUAUCCAAACAGGUCUUCAACACACUUACUGAGUACAUACAGGGACCAUGUACUGGGAACCAGCAGAGUCUUGCUCACAGUCGCCUUUGGGAUGCUGUUGUGGGAUUCCUUCAUGUCUUUGCCCACAUGCAGAUGAAGCUGUCACAGGAUUCGAGGCAAAUUGAGCUCCUGAAAGAGCUGAUGGAUUUACAAAAGGACAUGGUUGUGUUUUUGCUUUCAAUGUUGGAAGGUAAUGUUGUCAAUGGGACAAUUGGAAAGCAGAUGGUGGACAUGCUGGUGGAAUCAUCAGGCAAUGUUGAGAUGAUCCUCAGGUUUUUUGACAUGUUCCUCAAGCUUACAGACUUCACCUCCUCACAUGACUUCAGAGAGUACGACCCUGAUCAGAAGGGCCAGAUAUCCAGGAAGGAGUUUCAGAAAGCCAUGGAAAACUGCAAUCGUUUCUCCCUCACUGAGACCAAUUUCCUCCUCUCAUGCACAGAGACUGAUAAAAGUGAAAUCGUAGAUUACAAGGCCUUUGUGGAUCGCUUCCAUGAGCCGGCCAAAGACAUCGGCUUCAGCAUUGCUGUUCUCCUCACCAAUUUAUCCGAACACAUGCCUAACGACUCAAGACUGCGGACUUUCUUGGAGCUAGCAGAGUGCGUCUUAACUUAUUUUCAGCCAUACUUAGGACGCAUUGAGAUCCUGGGCAGCGGGAAACGAAUUGAACGCGUCUACUUUGAGAUCAGUGAAUCCAGCCGCACACAGUGGGAGAAGCCGCAGGUGAAAGAGUCUAAGAGGCAGUUCAUUUUUGAGGUCAUCAAUGAGGGUGGAGAGAAGGAGAAAAUGGAGAUGUUUGUCAAUUUCUGUGAGGACACCAUCUUUGAGAUGCAACUUGCAGCGCAGAUAUCUGACACUGUGGGAGAGAGGUAUGCUGGAAAAGAAGCAAACGAAAAGAUCAUGGUUGAAGAUGAAAAUGAAAAAAGGGGAAUGUGUUUCAUGUCUCAAUGGUGGCUGCUGCUGACAUGUCUUUUUUCUUUGAAAAACCUCAAGUCGUUAAUGAGUAUGACUCUGAAGGACAUCCUUUUGUCAACUCUUUGCUUUGCAAGAUCAGUUUUUAUGGCUCAGGUGCGGUGCAUUUGUGUUGUAUUUCGCACCAUUGCAUAUGUUCUAUAUCUGGUCUUUGUCAAUGGUGGUCUCAUAGAAGGAGCCAAAGGCAUGAGAAUAUCGGACUUGUUUGGUGGUAUCCUUGAGCCAACUCUUGAUGAGGUCAUGGAUGUGCCAAGUGGUGUGAAUCGGCUGAGAAAGUACUCGACCUGUAUCUCCUCCCCGGGAGAAUUGAGGGAGAUUGGGCAGGUGGCAGCUGUGACCUCCCAGAGGGAGGUGGAUGUAAUAUCAGACAUAUUUGGCCUGAAAGUGAAGAAGGAGAGAGGUCAAUACAGACUUAUGACAUCAGACCUCACUGCCAGUCUGAGUGACCUGUUCAACAUAAGCCCCAAGACAAUUGCCUCUGCUGAUUUUUCUCAAAAGCAUCAGCGGCUGCAGUUUAAGACCCACACUGCCACAGAGGACAAUCAAGAAGAUGAGAACAUUUCUGAACUGGAGAACACAAACAGAGGGAAUGAAUCUGAUAAGACAACCAGGAAUGAGAAAGUUGAGGCAGGAUGGAGAGCAAAGAGAUCCUCUAAUAAGUCAAAGGAAGCAGAGAGCCAUCAUUCUGAUCUUAGGGAGAUGAUAAACACUUGCAACUUGAGCCUGCUGAACUACUUUGCAAGGAAUUUUUAUAACAUGCGUUUAUUGGCUCUCUUUGUGGCAUUUGCAAUCAACUUCAUCCUCCUCUUCUACAAGGUAACAUCGUUACCUGCAUCACAAGAAGAGGAUGGAGUGGUCACAGUUGUUUACAGCUCAGGAGAGGACCCCCCUGCUGCUGAAUACAAAACAAAGGGCAGAGAUUAUUUUGUGCUGGAGGAGAGCACUGGAUACAUGGAGCCAUCUCUCUGCUUCUUAGCUGUCGCUCACACAAUCAUCUCCUUCUGUUGUAUUAUUGGUUAUUACUGCCUAAAGGUACCUUUGGUGAUUUUCAAACGUGAGAAGGAAGUGGCACGACGGCUGGAGUUUGAUGGACUGUACGUGACAAAACAGCCCCCCGAGGAGGAUAUCAGAGGGCAAUGGGACCGACUGGUCAUCAAUACACCAUCAUUUCCAAGUAAUUACUGGGAUAAAUUUGUGAAAAGAAAGAUAAUGGAUAAGUAUGGUAAGCUUUAUGGCUGUGAGAAAAUCAGUGAACUCCUGGGAUUGGAACAGGCUGCUUUAGACUUCAGCUCUGAGAGAAAAGAAAGGAAGUGGCUCAAGAGAGAGACCGCCUGGGGUACACUAUUUUCAUCCAUUGACAUGAAGUAUCAAAUCUGGAAACUUGGAGUUGUGUUCACUGACCACUCCUUCUUGUACUUGGCUUGGUACAUGGCCAUAUCAGUUCUGGGUCAUUAUAACAGCUUCUUCUUUGCUGUUCACCUGUUGGACAUCGCCAUGGGCUUCAAGACGCUUCGUACCAUCCUUUCCUCAGUCACGCACAAUGGGAAACAGUUGGUCCUGACUGUCGGCCUGUUGGCAGUUGUGGUGUAUUUGUACACUGUUGUGGCCUUCAACUUCUUCAGGAAAUUUUACAACAAAAGCGACGACAAAGACACUCAAGACAUGAAGUGCAAUGACAUGCUUACUUGUUACAUGUUCCACAUGUAUGUGGGAGUGCGUGCGGGCGGAGGCAUUGGUGAUGAGAUCGAUGACCCCGCUGGAGAUGAGUUUGAAGUGGAGCGUAUUUUCUUUGACAUCACCUUUUUCUUCUUUGUCAUCAUUAUUCUUCUGGCCAUCAUUCAAGGCUUGAUAAUCGAUGCCUUCGGGGAACUCCGUGACCAACAGGAACAGGUGAAGGAGGAUAUGGAGACCAAAUGUUUUAUAUGUGGAGUUGGAAGUGAAUAUUUUGAUACGGUCCCUCAUGGCUUUGAGACACACACUCUGCAGGAGCACAACUUGGCCAACUAUCUAUUUUUUCUGAUGUACCUCAUUAACAAGGACGAAACUGAACACACAGGGCAGGAAUCCUAUGUGUGGAAAAUGUACCAGGAGCGUUGCUGGGAAUUCUUUCCUGUGGGAGAUUGUUUCCGUAAGCAAUAUGAGGAUCAACUAUAGGAUGAAGGGAAACAUGAGCGAUCUAAAGCCUCCCUAGAUAACGUCAUCACGCAGGAGCCAUCUUAAUUGACACCCUUGCAUUCUCCAAAUCUCUUGAAUUUUGUGUGCUGCACUGCAUUGAUUUUCACACUUGUGGCGAGGAUACGUACUAUUUGUGUGCACAAUUUUCUCUAAAUUACAUUAAUUAAAUCAUUUGCAAA